AUGAUCCUUUGGCUGUGGCUCUGUUGGGGCUUCUCCACCUCAGCAGGGCAGCCCGACUCGGAGCUGAUGGCGAGGUACCUGGAAGAGAAGCUGAUGGCAGACUACAGCAUCAUGGAGCAAGUUGCACGCCGUGUUCCAAGACAGGCCAAGUUUUUGCAGAGGCUGGAAACCAGGCCUCGGAUGUCCGAAUUCACUGUGAAAUCCACAAUCAUUUCUCGGUAUGCUUUCACCACGGUGUCGUGCACAAUGGUGAACAGCGGAUCUGAGGCACACGAAGGUGUGUUUGAGAUGCAGAUCCCAGCUGCAGCCUUCAUCUCCAACUUUACCAUGAGCAUCGGCAACAAGACUUAUUACGGAGAGGUCACAGGGAAAGAAAAGAAACAUGGCAGUGAUGACAAAGCAAGGCACAAGAAACCUCCGAGCCCCACAGAUGGAAGGGAGAAUGGCUAUGAGACAUUCAAAGCUUCUGUCUUCAUUCCUCGCAAGAUGCAGGCCAAGUUCCUACUGCAUUAUGAAGAGCUUUUGCAAAGGCGACUGGGAAAAUAUGAGUAUACAGUCAGCAUCCGGCCCCAGCAGCUGGUGGGGAGGUUACGAGUGGAGGUGAACAUCCUGGAGAACUCAGGCAUAGUUUCACUGGAAGUGCCUCCUCUCCGAAACAGCAAGCAUAAAGGCAAUGGGAAAGUUGAAGCUGGUGAUGUUUCUCCUCCUCCUUCUACUGUAGUUGGACAUACGAAAACCUUAGCUAAAGUUACGUUCAAUCCCAGUGUUGUUGAGCAAACCAGGAUCGCCCGAAACGGCAUUUUGGGAGACUUCAUAAUUAGAUAUGAUGUCAACAGGGAGCUGAGUGUUGGGGAUGUUCAGAUUCUUAAUGGGUAUUUCGUGCACUACUUCGCCCCCACAGAUCUUCCUCCGUUGCCAAAGAACGUUGUAUUUGUGCUUGACAGCAGUGCUUCCAUGGUAGGAACGAAACUGAAACAGACCAAAGAAGCUCUCUUCACAAUUCUCCAGGACCUAAGGCCUGAAGACCACUUCAAUAUCAUUGGCUUUUCCAACCGAAUAAAGGUCUGGCAGCAGGACCGGCUGGUGCCAGUUACUCCAAAUAAUAUAAGAGAUGCCAAAAAGUACAUUCAUAACAUGUCGCCUACUGGAGGGACUAAUAUUAAUGGUGCUCUCCAGACUGGUGCAAAGCUGCUAAAUGAUUACAUUGCUCAGAACGACAUUGAUGCCAGGAGCGUCUCUCUGAUCAUCUUCCUCACGGACGGGAGGCCCACUGUUGGGGAAACACAGUCGUCCAAAAUCCUCAGCAACACCAAGGAUGCGAUCCGUGAUAAAUUCUGCCUCUUCACCAUCGGCAUUGGCAAUGAUGUAGACCACAAGCUGCUGGAGAGGAUGGCACUGGAGAACUGCGGCAUGACGAGGCAUUUCCAGGAGGAUGAGGAUGCAGGCAGCCACCUCAAAGGGUUCUAUGAUGAAAUAGGAACACCCCUUCUCUCUGACAUCCGUGUUGAUUACCCUGAUGACAAUGUGGAGCAAGUCACCCAGAACUUCUUCCCUAACUACUUCAAUGGCUCUGAAAUUGUAAUAGCUGGCAAACUCAUCAACCACACCUCAGAUAGUCUCCACGUGGAGGUGACUGCUAGCAACUCCAAGAAGUACAUCCUCCUCAAAACAGAUGUGGCUAUUGACCUGCCAAGCAGGAAUGACAUCAGAGGUGUCCCUGGCCUGGAAGAUGGCAAAGGUGAUAAAAAUUACAUUGAGAGGGCAUGGAGUUACCUCACCAUCAAGGAAUUGCUUAACUCCUGGUUGAAGAGUGAUGACAAUCAGGAAAAAGACGAUUUGAUGGAGAAAGCCAAGUCAAUGGCCCUGACUUACAAUUUUGUUACUCCCUUCACCGUUCUGAAGAUGAGAGAGGCUGGGCUCCAUUCAGAACCACCUCAAGAGGAGUUCAUCAGCCCUUCUACUGAUGGCAUUGGUGAGAAGUUGCAGAGCUUGCAGGGACACAAGGCACCACCAGGUAUACACAGACAGCAAGAUAAACAAAGAAUUAAAAUCUCCAAAACUUCAGCGGAUGGAGACCCUCACUUUGUCAUAGAUUUUCCCUCCAGCAAGUUCUCUGUCUGCUUCAAUAUUGACGGAGAACCAGGGGACAUUCUCCGACUGGUCUCUGAUCAUAAGGAAUCUGGUGUAACUGUGAAUGGGCAAUUAAUUGGAGCUCCUGCACCACCCAACGGCCACAAGAAGCAUCGGACUUACUUCAGCACCAUCACUAUCCUCAGCAAUAAGCCAGAGAGAUCUUACCUAGAGAUCACACCCAAAAGAAUCAUCCUGGAUGAUGGGGAAAGACUUCUUCUGUCCUGUGAUCGGAGUGCUGUUGUACGAAGCAGCAGCCUCGAGGUGUCCAUCUCUGCCAAUUCCAACAUCACUGUGACAAUACGAGACACAAUCAGCUUUGUCAUCCUCAUCCACCGUUACAAGAAGCCGGCCCCAUAUCAAAGGAAUCACCUGGGGUUCUACAUCUCCAACAGUAAAGGCCUCUCUUCUGACUCCCAUGGGCUACUGGGUCAGUUCUUGAACCAUGAAGUUAAACUUCUUCAGGAAUCUCUAAACACAAGUCGUCAGCAGGUCGGUCAGAACCAAACUGAAGCAUUAAAGCCAAACCCUACAAAUACCCUGAAAGUGAAGGGACGGCUCGUUCCUGUUGUGUGGAAGCAGAGGAGGAUCUACAACGGCCAGCAGGAAGUUGACUGCUGGUUUGCCAAGAACAAUGCGGACAAACUGAUCGAUGGGAGCUACAAAGACUAUUUGGCCUCUCAUCCUUUCGACACAGGGACCAGCUCUGGGACGAUUAACAGCCUUUAAGGCCGAUCAUAGCAAUGCAUUACAGCAGCAUGUGUGACAGCGGUUCUCUCCUGAAGCCUCUAGAGCUAGGCAACUUAUGAAUAUUUCCUUACUUUUUGGUGCCAAAGAAACCAAGGCUUUUUGCCCUUGGAAAUCAGCUGUCUCUCCUUCAUGCUAGAUGAACAUUGCUCAUCAAAUUCCUGAAGACAAGGAGGUUGGGGGGAAGGGCUGAGGACAUGGUUAAAGGUGUGAUUGGUGCUCUCCCAGUGGGAAGGGAGGGAGAAACGGGCCAGCACUCAUAUCGAACAGUGCAGAGAGCUGCUGGCCUUAAAAUAAACCCAUGCAGGGAUCUGUGCAAUACCCCCAGGGGCUGAUGAGUCACCCAGUGAGAGGCACAGAUUAUACAGCACAGUGCCUAUCUAGAGAGACAACCUUGGGUGAUACGCCUUACAAAGUGACUUGGAGCACCUACUCCAACCAUGGUCCCUGGGGAAAGGAGAGAGAGGAGAGGUGGGUGGAUAUUCAUCUGCAGUGACCCAUUAACAUCAAAGAGGUAACAAAUCAAAACCUUAAAUCAACAGGCCACAAGAGGGUAUUGCUUUCUUGGUUAUUGCGUUUUGGUCUGGAUUUGCCACUAAGCAUGAUGUUCCCUGAACCACUACAGACCCUUAGAACAGUGGUGAAAACAUUCAUGUGGUAUAUUGCUGUCUCAGUGCACAGGCUGCAUGCUUAAAAAGCACCUCCGGUCUUCAGCAGCAACAGGAGUGGUGCAGGCUCCCAUUCCAUGAAGCAUCUCAUUUAAACAACAUUGCAGGUUUAGUGAUUUCUUGAGUCUUGACUGCCUCAGAGAGAAACAAAGUUCCACUGUGAGCUUCCAACAGACCUGCCACCUCCUUGAGCAGGGCAUCACUUCUGCUUGGCAGAGAUUUACAUUCUCUAAAGGAUGAUGAACCAGCACCCGCAACAGCUUAUGACCCUACAAAGCAGCCUCUUGAAUUUAGACUAGACAUUUCUAGCUGCUUUUCUAAUCAGGGAGGAAGUCUUUAUUUACUCCAAAUUGUCAAAAAUGUUUCAUCCCAAUUUCCCCUGGCUCCUUCUCCUUCCUUACACUGCAGGAAUUUGUAUGCAGCAGGAAUUUGGCAGCAGGAGGUUACAGAAGGGUCCGCCAGCCACCCCCACUGCAGGUGGUGCUGCUCUGCAAAGAAACCUCCAAACCCAAACUGCAAGGCUGUGGUCUAUUUUAAAGUGAGGCAUCACUGAAUAAUGCUAUAGAUCAGCCACAGGGGAGUUUGCUUAGCAGAGAACUUGGCCAAAGAGGACUUCGACAACCACAAAGACAUUUACGUGGCAAGGCCAAAUUGAGCUCAUGUAUACUCUGCCUUUCCAGAACUGAAAGGAAGCAGGGUGGGUGUGGAAGCAUUUCCAGGAGCUAAAUGAUAUCCAUGUGUUGGGAGAAAACAGAGUUGCCAGAGACCUACAGAAAUAGGUUCAAUGUUGACUGAUUUUUUUUCAUAUUUAAAAAUUAAAUCAUAUUGUUGCUGUAGGAACUCCAGCUGCUGGGGGUGCGGUGGUGGUUUUCCAGUUGCUUGAUCAUCUAGUCAGUACUGCUAGCACUGUGGCAGCAGAGCAGGUAGCAAGCCUGGUGGCUUAUUCACACCAUGGGCUGUGGGGAAGAGUGAAACAGCCAAAAGCAACCAGCUAGAUUUAAUUGCAUUCUGGAAGAUCCUUACAGAGAGCUCAGUUAGUGCAAAACUCAGGCCAAGGCUCAUGCUUUGGAACAAAACAAAGAAAAAACUACUGCUUUGGGCCCAGCUACCUUGAGAAACAGCUCCCCUGCAAGCGAGAACUGAAGGCAAGACCUUCAGCACAGUCCUGAGGUUAAUGCUCUGCAGCAUGCUCGUGGGCCAGAAAUGAGAUGAGGAAGAGCAUCUGUGAAGUUGACUUCUCCACCCAAGAAGACAGUGGGAAGAUCAUCCAGCCUAUUUCCAAAUAACCUCCCAUUUCGCUAGCACAGGGUGAACAGGAUAGUGGCAGUGAACUUCUAGACAGUCCAGGGUUCAGCAGGUGUCUUCUUCAUACUGUCCUUACUGAAAAGAGAUUUUUUUGAAAUCUUCACUCUCCUCCCACAUUUUGCUGUUCAAGUGUAUUGCUAAGGGGAGCAAUUGGCUUUGGCUCUCCUCCUCUCAUCUCUCCUGUACAUAGAUAUGUAUAUAUAUACACACACACAUAUUGCUAAUGCUUCAGGUGCAUCAUUACUCCUCUUCCUCCUCCAGCCAAGGAAACAUAUUUCUUUCAGGGCCUGAAAAGAACAAUGAUCAAGUCCAACUUCCCAGCCAUAUGAAGCACCUGGAGCAAUAUACUCAAGUUCUCGUUAAGGCUCCAGUUAUCUAUUUCACAAUAAA